UAGUCAUGGCCUUUUUAGUCACGAUCUGUUUUUUUACUGGACCACAUACUAAACGGUGUGUGCGGAAAAUACGGAAAAAUGGCCGUCAGAUAUUUUAUGGUUAAGCCAAUCAUAAGCGAGAAACAUAAAAAAAUUUUUUAACCACGAGAGAGAAUAUAUUCAAAGAGAUGAUCCGAAAUAUCUACUGAUGCAGAAAGAUAAAAAGCUAAGCAAGCAUUUUCUGUAGGUCGUGGAUAGAUGUCGCCAGAUAGCAGUCAACAGUGAUAACACAAAAAAAGUCGCCUAGAUAAUAAAACUUAAAGUGUAUAGAGAAUCUAUCAUAGCAAAUCGAUUAAAAAUACUUCCAAUCUUCUUAGGGUGCGUAGAGGGUAUCCAGAAAACCUUUUAGCUUGAUUUACAUUAGACGCUUUUUCCGUGGAAGCAGAGAAGUUCACAGCGUUUCUCAGCUAUACUGGCUGCGAACGCCGACCGAAGGGAGGCUUGAGCAUUGCUUUGAAUUCAGAAAUAUUUUAAGACCUUCAGGACUUUCUGCCUUUUAUGUUUAUAUUAGAUUACGAAUCUUAUACAUGGAAACAGAAAAAAAUGAAGAUGGCUUAGUCAGGCUUCCAGAGAGCGCCGACCGUGGGGAGGCAUAAGCAUUGUCUUCGAUUUAAAAGUCGCGAGAGGGCGCCCACUACCUCAGAUCCAGCAUACUAAAGUCAAGGCACCAAGCGAGUGGAGACGAGCGUUACCUUGUACACAAAAUACUGACGAAAAAAAAGUCUAAAACAUUAAUUCUAUGUACGUUCGCAAAAUGUGAUAAAAUGGCCGUCAGUUCUUCGAGGGACAGCCAAUCGAUAGAGAGAUUUACCAGUGCUAGAUGUUGAUGCACUUAUGUCGGGUAUAUUACGUAGAGGAUGCAUACGUCAUCGGACACUAGCCUUAAAUACGGAAAAUUAUCACAUUUAUAAAAGUUGAAUAUAGCAGCCACUUUAUGAUGUCUCAGGAAAUGCGAAGGAAUACGUUAUUCAGGUUUAGAAAUUCAGAGAUGGGCAACUCCAACAGAAGUUGGCAGUUUCGGAGUUGAGCGGAUUUUCGGUCGAGUUAUGCGAAAGAAAUCGGUGACCAAUCUGGGUGAUGUAAAAGAUCAUCUUGUGAGAGGGCAAAUUGGAAAUAAAAAAAUUUUUCCCGAAGAUUAUCCUAUUGUCAAUCGUCACAAACAAGUCGAAGUAAAAGCAUUUCUUGCUGCUAAUAAAAAAUUGGUAUUGUACACAUAUGCACAAGAAGCCAAUUUAUUUGUAGAAAAUUAUAUACAACACUAUCAAACAACGGGAAGUUUGUAUUACCCAAUUAAAGCAUGUGUUGCCGCUUUAAACAAAGCGGCUUAUAUAUCAAGAAGUCGGGUUCUUAAGUAUAUGAAUUCCAUAAAUGGAUUGAUUAUUGUUGAUAAACAAGAUGGUAAGAAGACAACAAAACAGAAAGCCAACACAAUUUAUAAGGGAAUAUGA